AUGCUCCCCAGAACCGCCUUCCGCGCCCUGCGCAUGCGGUCUGCACUGGCAGCGCCGCGCAUCACACCCAUAGCUUCCACCUCGCAAUGGACGCGCACAUAUGCCAAGGUCGGCAAGCCAAAAGAUAACACCUGGAAACCCUCAGAUCCCAUCAAGUUCGACGAGACCAACAAGGCGCGGCCCAACCCGGUAAACCCUUCAGAGCAGCCUGAGUUCGACACAGAAUCAGCGCCUGAGAAAAACACAACACCGACACAGCCCUCAAGACCAGUGGAGAGCGCAACACAAGCCUCGAAAGAUGCCGGAAAGGACUUUAAGAUGUCGGAGCAGGAGGAGAUGUCGGGGCCCAAGUCGCCCAGUGAGAACACCGACCCAACCACCGAGAGCCCAGAGUCGCAACAACCACAAAAGCCACUACCGGACCUGCGUUACGGAAUCCCCUCGACGUUUGCGGAGGAGCAUGCUGAAGCCGAUGGAAAGGCGAAGCGGGACCCCAACGACCCCAACGAGCUCUACGAAGACCCGACACCAGGCGCUGCUGGAGGCCGAGAGGGCGGUAGUGGCGGCGAACUGCCCAAGUCCGCAUAUGAGACGAGCACCGAUAGGCGGCGGAAUCGUGUCGCCAAUUGGUCCUACCUCGGUAUGCUACUUUUCGGCACAACGGGCGCGCUCUUCAUGGGCCGAAACUGGGAGGAUGAAGAAGAGGAAGCCGCACACAUCGACGCUCCGAAUGGCUGGACGUUGGGCGGCAUGUACGCCCGUGCGGCUGCCCGCAUCAACGGCCAGAAAGCAUACUACACUGAGCCUACCUUCCAGAAAUUGCUGCCAGACAAGGACAAGAUCCCCGGAGGCGCUCCAGAACUUACUCUGGUACUCAGUUUGGAGGAUCUCCUGUUGCACUCGGAAUGGACCACUAAGCACGGCUACCGACUAGCAAAACGACCUGGUCUUGACUACUUCCUCCGAUACCUCAGCUCGCAAUACGAACUUGUCAUCUUCACUUCCGUCAAGUCCAUGGACGCCGACCCCAUCAUCCGCAAGCUCGACCCCUUCCGUCUCGUCAUGUGGCCGCUGUUCCGCGAGGCUACCCGCUUCGAGAAGGGCGAGUACAUCAAGGACCUCUCCUACCUCAACCGCGACCUCUCCAAAGUCAUCAUGAUCGACACCGACCCCUCGCACGUCAAGCUCCAACCCGAAAACGCCAUCAUCCUGCCCAAGUGGAAGGGCGAGCCAGGCGACAAGGGCCUCGUAGCCCUGAUCCCCUUCCUCGAAUACCUUGCCAUGAUGUCUCAAACCGGUACACCAAUCGACGUCCGCACCGUUCUCAAGUCGAUGGAAGGCAAAGACAUCCCGGUUGAGUACGCCCGCCGCGAGGCCAAACUCCGCGAACAAUUCAAGCGCGACCUCGAGCAGCAACAGAAGAAGACCAAGGGAAGUGCGGGUGGCAUGUUCAUGAAGAGUCUGGGUCUCGACGGACCGAAACAAGGCAUGGUUCUCGGUGACCAGAACAUCAGCCAGGGAAUGUCAGAGGGCAAGAUGAUGAUCGACAUGUACCGCGACUUCAACAAGCAAAACUACGUUCAUCUGGACAAGCAAAUCCGCGAAAACGGAGAGCAAUGGCUCAAGGAGAUGGCUGAGGAGGAGAAGAAGAUGCAAGAAGCUCAGCUCAACGAUAUGAAGGCAGGCGCAUUCAGUUGGUUGGGUGCAGGUAACUCGGCGCCUCAGACCGCGACAGUGCCUUCAGCAGCGAGUGCACCAGAAGCAGCAGCUAGCCACCAAGGGGGAGUACCACCUACCCAGACACGGUAG